GCCACGCAGAUGUGUGUGAAGCAAUACCAGCCAUGGAUCAGGAUACCGAUGGUGAAGAAAGUGGCUGCAGAGGUUCCAAGCACACCUGAUCUGACUCUGACCCCCUUAGAGGAGGUUGAAGACAACAACGUCCCUGACCAGACAAAGAGCUCAGUUGUCUACUGUGACAACUUUUAUUAUUGUCCUGAUGGUACGACUUGCUGUAGACAUCCGAAGGGUGCCUGGUUCUGCUGUCCAUACUCUCCUGGAAGAUGUUGCCUGGAUGGCUACCACUGUUGUCCGUACGGUUAUGACUGUGAUUUCACUUACACUCACUGCAUCAGGCAAGGCCUGGAGUAUCCGUUCAACUACAAACAAGCUCUGGCUUCAGUCCCUGCCUCUUUCCUUGCAGCAUCUGAAGACCAAAACAACGAGCAGGAGACAAUUUUUGCAGCUCAAAGAGAAGCCACUGAGCAGGGAGUUAUUCGCUGUGAUGAACAGUUUUACUGCCCAAAUGGUUCACGUUGCUGUAAGGGACUCAAAGCCCAGUGGAACUGCUGUCCUAACUAACGGGGUUUUUGCUGCUCUGAUGGUCAGCGUAAAAUUAUGGAGCCUCCUUCUCCACCACAUGCGGAAGACAGAAGAUGAUGACCACAGGAACACACCAAAAAUGUCGAGGAUGACUGUGUGGCUGUGUGUAGGAGUGUUUCUGUGGGGCUUUGCAUCUUGCUCCAUCAGAUGUCCUGAUGGGAGCUCCUGCUCUGAUAUGGAAACCUGUUGCCAAACUGCUCGUGGAUAUAACUGCUGUCCGUAUCCAAAGGCUGUCUGCUGCAGUGACCUAGCCCACUGCUGUCCCUCAGGUUAUCUCUGUGACCUUGCCACUCAGAUGUGUGUGAAGCAAUACCAACCAUGGAUCACCAUACCGAUUGUGAGGAAAGUGGCUGCAGAGGUGUCGAACACCCCAGAUCUCUCUCUGACCCCUUUUGAGGAGGUCAAACAAAACAAUUCCCCAGAACAAUUAAAAAGUUCAGGUGUUUACUGUGACAGCUACACCACAUGUCCUGAUGGCACGACUUGCUGCAAACACCCAAAGAGUGGCUGGUUCUGCUGCCCCUUAUCUCCUGCAAAAUGUUGCCUGGACGGCUUCCACUGUUGUCCGUACGGUUACGACUGUGACCACACUUACACUCAGUGUGUUAGGGAAAGACUGGAGGAUCUGUUCACCUACAAAAAAUCUCUGACUUCAGUCCCAGCUUCUCUUCUUUCAGUGUCUGAGAACAAAAGCACUAAGAAGGAGACAGCACUGACAGCUCUGACAGAAGCCAGUGCUAACUCCUUCAAUCAGGGAGUCAUUCGCUGUGAUGACAAAUUUUACUGCCCAGUUGGCUCAAGUUGCUGCAAGGGACCCAAAGACAAGUGGAACUGCUGUCCUUACCCACUGGGCGUGUGCUGUGCGGAUGGGAAGCACUGCUGUGAGUAUGGAUACCAAUGUAACCCCUCUUCCUCCCAAUGCACAACGUAGACCACCGGACGACGACUUGGACACCCCAAAAGCACUGAAAUUGCAUUAUUUGAUUGUACUUGGAGAAUUUUACUCGGUUUUGCUCAACAUUUCCAAUAAAGUCAUUUAAUGCCUUA